GCCAUGUUUCCCAUAAACAAAGAUACAUUCUGUGCUGCUUAACGAGAGGAUCGGUGUAGUUGAUCGUUUAAAAUGAAGGCAUUGUGUGUACUAUCAGUGUUCGCAACUAUUAUUUAUACAGUUAAUUGUGUCGAAUAGGUACCGUGAGAAAGGACGUUCCAAAGUACCUGCCAAGCAUCUCGAAAUAAAUUGCGGUCCAUUCAAUGCCAUUUUCCGGCGCAUUAAUUGUUCAAAAGCAGCGGGUUCUGCCAUUUUUUUUUUCAAGCAUUGAAGAAUUGUGUCACGAAAUCCAUAAAUUAAUUCCAGGUUUGCCAUCGGUAUGUCCCGAAAUUGUUACGAAAUCGGGAUGGGACGGACGACAACCCAUAUCGGAGGAUUACGUGAUCAUACCCGUCAAGUACAUCGUCAUACACCACACCGUUACCCCCGAAUGUGGUAACGUGACCACCUGUUCCAGCAUUUUGAAAAGCGUUCAGAAUUUUCACAUGGAAGACAUGGAAUUCCACGACAUCGGAUACAAUUUCUUAAUUGGCGGAGAUGGGAGGGUUUAUGAAGGAGCCAGUUGGCACAAAAUUGGAGCACACACUUUUGGCUACAACACUAAAUCGUUAGGAAUAGCUUUCAUUGGUGAUUUCUCUGACACCCUUCCGACGUCGAAGGCGUUGAAGGCUUUGAAGGAUUUCCUUCUUUGCGGCAUAGAAAUGGGGGAGAUCCACCCGAAUUACAAAAUUUUUGCAGCCAGACAAGUUAGUGCCACCAAAAGUCCUGGACUGAGGCUCUACAAAGAGAUUCAAAAGUUGGAACACUUUGACCCAAAACCUACUAGAAUGUAAUAAUAUUUAUUAUAAUUUAUAUUUAUUAUAUAUUAUACUUAUUUUUAUACAAUUUUACACUUA